CUAACCACACUGGGAUCUGCUGCAGAGACAGUCCCACACGUUCACAGACAGGCGGUGUAAUCGACUGUCGAUAGAGACAAGCGUCAGAGACAGCUGGGGACACCCACCCAACAGCUCCGCAACAAACCCGCCCUGAGGCUCGCUGACAGGCUUUCGAGUCACGAAACAGUUUGCUCUGGAAACUCUCUAACCAUUGGAGCUUAUGGCUGAGAGUGAGGACAUCUUUCUCAGGGCUAAACACCGGACAUUCAGCGGACUGACUGAAGAUGCAGAGAAAAAGUGGACGGGACCAUUUUGCUUCAUCCAGGCCGCAGACCCACAGCUUGGCCUGAUGAAGGCAUGGAGGGAUGGGGACUGCGACGGCGGAGGGGAUGUAUGGGCCGAGGAGGUUGAACUCACCAAGCAGGCUGUGGAGGCUGUGAACCAGCUCGUACCCAGGCCAAAGUUCAUGGUGCUGUGUGGAGACCUGGUCCAUGCCAUGCCAGACAUGCCAUUCAGAGACGGUCAGGAACGAGACCUGAAGGCGGCCUUGAAGGGGACGGAUCCCUCCAUCCCGCUGGUGUUCGUCAGUGGGAACCAUGACCUCGGAAACGCCCCCACUCCCAGGACAGUGCAGCAGUACUGCAGUGCUUGGGGAGACGACUAUUUCAGCUUCUGGGUAGGAGGAGUCCUUUGCCUGGUUCUGAACUCACAGCUCUUCUACGAUGCUUCAGGCUGCCCUCAGCUGAAAGAGGCCCAGGAGACAUGGCUGGAGGAGCAGCUGAGCAAAGCCUCCUCCUCAACGGGCCCGAAACCCAAGCACAUCCUGGUGUUCCAACAUAUUCCUCUGUACCUGAAGAGCCCCGAUGAGGAGGACGACUACUUCAACCUGCAGAGGGGGGUCAGACAAAACCUGCUGAACAGGUUCAAGAAGGCAGGGGUGAAAGCUGUCUUCUCUGGACAUUAUCACCGGAACGCUGGAGGUUGCCACGGCGGCCUGGACAUGGUGGUGAGCUCGGCCAUCGGCUGCCAGCUCGGCGAGGAUGUGCACGGUGCCAGAGUGGUGGUGGUGACCGCGGACAAAGUCAUUCAUCGAUACCAUGGUCUGGAUCAGCUGAGGGAUCAAGGGAUGGAUGAGGACCUCAGGAAGCUCCUGCAGGCCUGAAGGCCAGAUGAGGGAACAUCAGGAAAACUUUGCUUUUUGUAUGUUUGUGUGUACUCUUUUGUUUGUCUCUACUCGGUGCUGUUUGGAGCAUCUAAGAUUAGAUUAGAUAAGAUAACUUUGUUGAUCCCCUGUGGAGGAAAUUCAUAUGCCACAAGGGUCUGUUCACAGAAUCAACAAACAAUAAGACAGUACAGUCACAUAAACACGACAAAUAAACAAAUAACAGUCACACCAUUUGAGGCCUAAUUAACAGCCAUGGGUCAGAUUCAUGGCUAACAAGUUGUUUAGAGAGAUUGGUCAACAUGUGGCAGAAGAUCCAAAUAUGAAAAUCCAAAUCUUUGUCCCUGCUAGAUCAGAAGCGCCAAACAGAGUCUUGUCAGUACUUUUGAAACUGACCAAUAGCCUGAUCUCCAAACUUUGUGCUCUCAACCCAAACCCUUCACAUACAUCACACACAUCAGCAUCUUGGUCAGUGGCCCCAAGCUUCAAAAUAUGACUGUAAAGGUACCACCUUAAUAUCAAACAUCCUGUCAGACUUUCAUAAUAAAACUUUCAAAUAAGCAUUAACUAAAAGUUGACAUCAGGUCAGAUUUUCAGAGUAAAACUUGCCGACACAAGUCGCAUUUUAAACCUGCAGUCUCCUAAAUGUUUGACCAGUUUAUUUACCCUGAACACCACUCCAAGCAGACUUUAAAUCUCUUCAUACAUCAGCUGACUUUGACACCAGAUCAAAACAAGAAGCAUGAGGUCUGGGUCUGGGUAGAAAUUAUGCUACAGGGGGACCUACAGAGUCAUUUUUUCACAGAUGGAGCCACUGACCAAGCUGAAAGCAGAACACAGAGAGCAUCAAAUGUUUGCUAACACUAGAGGUCCUUAAGUGGACAAACUUCUGCACAGUGUAGUAAAAUAAGUCUCCUGUAGCAAAUGGAUGUUAUUGUUUAAGUUCACAGCAAUACACUAGUAGAAAGUCAAAUGUUGUAACUGUAAAUGUAUGCAAACUUUAUAAAGGAAUAUUCCACCUUUAACAUAGACCUCAUUCCAAACAGCUACAGGAGGUGCUGUUUUGUCUCUGUUUCCUCAGCUGACAGUAUUAAGGUGCAAAAUUCACACCAGAAUGUUUCUUAAAGGCUGUUACGAAGUAUAAUUGGAGAUGUAGGAAAUUUAAAUCAGCAGAUUAAUGUAAUGUUCAAUGUUAUGUAACUUUUUUACUACAUGAAAGGGUGGAAUGUUCCUUUAAUGAUCCCAAAAAUAUCCAGCUGUUGUAGCUACUGCUCUUAUUUUUGUUGCUGCAGUCUAAUACCUUGUUGGCCAUCCUAUGCAGACUAUACACAUCAAUGUAAUGUAAAUGUGUUUCUAUGUAAAAUGUGGUACGUUGCUUUUACUGCCCUGGAAGAUGUGGAACUGACCUCUGACCUCUGACCUCUGACCUCAGAUCAGACUCUGAGCUGUCUGUUUAAAACUCUUCCCACUGCCUCUACAGGCAAAGGAUUAAUGUUCAGAGUGAAACGUUUGUUCUUUGCAGACAGUAUUUUGUGUAACAGACUUUGAAUGUAUGUUGACUUCAGAGAUGAUUCAUAAUCCAUAUUAAUCAUAACACAAAUUAAAUAAUUUUCUCUUACUAAUUCAGAUGUUAAAGUAAUAAUCCUAAAAGUUACAAUCUGGAAGAUAUUAAAUGAAUGUCAAGUUACUGUAUAUUGGCUAUUGAGUUGAUCAGUUGUGACAGCCUAUGACCGACUAAGGAAAGUCCCGAUUGUAUCAUCCUCUGUCUCAGGUUGAUCUAGCCAUGGUUGAGUUGACAAUUUAGUAAUAUCACAAGAGACAUCCAUCACCCAACAUUUGUUUUACUAAAGGGUUGAUGGAAGUGGUUCCUGUGGCCGUAAAAUGAAGACUAAUGACAAAAAAAUACAAGUGAAAAUCAAAAUACAAAAAGAAGUCACAUGAUUGAAGCAAAAACAGCUUUUUUGGACGUCCGUAAAUUUAAAGCUUCAAGAAACACACCCGCAGUUACUGCUUUUCACCAUAGGUGUCACCAAAAACGAAUAAUUCAUCCUGAGCCUCUUUCACACAUCCUCCUAAGUGUUCUAGAAGUUUUCAGGAGCUCCAUCCCCAAAGUUUUUCAAAGUUCCUUGUCUGCACGCCCCUACAAACAGAAAGUCUUCAAUGUCAGAGAGGAGGGUGGUGCAUAAGGGUUUCUGUCUCUGGAGGCGAAUAUGAUAUCCAAAGCACAUACAAAGCCCUAAGCUAUGAUGUCUGUUUUGACAUUUAUAUCAAUGCUUAGCACACAGACAGAUGCAAAGACGUUUUUACUGUCAUCGUCUUUAAAAUGACUCACCUUCAACCUUAGAUAUUUUUGUGAUCCACAUUUGUGUUUCUCUUCUGGGUUUGCACCAUUAGCAUGGUAAAAACACCAACUUCACGCUCGCUUGGUCAAAUUUUCUUGUACGUUUCCUGCAGACUUUAAGCAGUUUACUAUGAGAUUGGCAGGAAAAAUCAGGAUAGGGUCGGGGUGAAAAUGUUAACUGUUUGCGUUCACACAUGCCCCCCACGUGGGAAAUUUCUUGAUGCUUUCGGGAGUUUGGUGCCAAUGUGAACACAGCUCAAUGACAUCUUUGAUAACAAUAAGAACUUACCCAUUCUAAGGAAAAGAAAACCACAUGUGUUGACAGCACUAACUUCAGAUAAAAAUAGUUAUCAUUUAAUUGAAAUAACAUUCAUAUUUAAGGAGGAAAAGUUUCAGGAGUGGAUCAGCGGUCCAUGUCACUUUAACUGAAAACAGACAUAAAAGUUGUGAAUACAGAGUUGAAUCUACGUUUAAUUGAGGACCUUAUAUAACUUCAAAGAGUUGGAAAUUUUAAGGAUUUUAACUUUGUCUUGUUUUCCAUCAUAAACGCCCCAACCCAUUCCCACUGCAUUACUUUGAUACAGAUAAAUUGCAAUGGUGUGAGUCUGAAUCCAUUUGGGUCUUUCAUGCUACGUGUUUCUAAAAGUACAGCUCAAACUGACUGGUGCUCCUUCACUGUGAUGGAAAUAUUUCAUCAUUACAUCUGAGUUGAAAUCAAAAUUUAUGAUGCAACACUUAGCAUAUCAAUCACAUUUAAUGGGUUUAAUCUGCUCGGUAUCCUCAGCAUGAACUUGGCGCACACAGACGCCUGCAGUAAAUAAGACAAACUAAGUGUGAUCUGUUGUUGAAUGGGGAACUAAAGGACUGUUGUCAGACUGAUAAAGCCUAGUGAUCUGUGUGUGAUUAAUGGUGGGAGGUGAGCAGUAUUUCCUGAGUGUUUAGUCAUCGCUGGAACAUCCUCUGAGUGUUAGCGUCGGCUAGCUGCAGGCUGAUUUGGAAGCUGGCAGACCUGAAAUUGUCUUUAAAAUGGACAUUACUGCAAGAAAAUUACUCUCCCAGUGAGCCCUAAAUGACUCUACUCCAUUACACUUUCCACACACACAAAAUCUAACAUGCACCCUGACCGACUGGGAAUUUAAGAGAGUUGUCAUGGCAACCCUUUAGUAACACAUCUGUGUGUCUCUGAGAGAAACUGGGAGUGUUGGGGAGAAAUUGUACCCCACUCCCUAUCUGUGAAUGCAUGUGUUUGUGUUUGUGGUCUGGUGGGUACUGUAGGUGAUUUUCCAUCAGCAUAGCCAUCGCUGACCUCAUUUCACACUGACGGAUUCUCUCUCUUUCCCAAAAAGUCCCCAUGUGAUGGGGGAGGGGGGGUGGGAGGGGUGAGGGGGGUGAGAGGGGGGAGGGGGGGCAGGCAUCUAAGAGGAACGGAUAAUGAGUGUGAUGUGUGAAAGACGACUCAGUCCAUCUCCUUCAUUUCCGGUCUGAGUAGGAACCUUAUGUCCUUAUCUAUUUUUAUAUCCUCACGGUAGCCGAGCUCAAUCACAUUGUUCCUUAUCUUCUUUUUGUGAGUGUGUGGGAGUGUGUAUGUGUGUCUGUGUGUUUGAGAGCACAUUUGCUCUAUGAAUUGGGGAACAUCACACACUUGUGACUUGUUGCUGUGUUGAAUUCUAAUGAAUGACCAUACUGAGCACCAUGACUGUGACAUGAAUGGUUGUAUUUUUAUAUUAAAUGUUGAUUUUACCUAAUCAUU